GAAAAGCACCAGAGAAUGUCGACCCAGGUAGCAGGGAACCAGACCUCGUCCGGGGCCACAGACGACGAUGACUCCUACGGCAGCUGGUACAUCGACGAGCCCCAGGGUGGCCAGGAGCUUGAGCCGGAAGGGCUGGUGCCCUCCUGCCACCCCAGCGUGCCACCCGGCCUCUACCACGCCUGCCUGGUCGUGCUGUCGAUCCUCGUGUUGCUGCUGCUGGCCAUGCUGGUGAAGCGCCGCCAGCUCUGGCCCCACUGUGGGCACGGCAGGCCUGGGCUCCCCAGCCCUGUGGACUUCUUGGCUGGGGACAGGCCCCGGACCGUGCCUGCCACCGUCUUCACGGUCCUCUUCAGCUCCCUGUGCUUGCUGCUCCCCACUGAGGACCCACUGCCUUUCCUGACUCUCGCCUUACCACCCGGCCAAGACGGGGAAGCUGAGACUCCAAGAGGGACGUGGAAGAUACUGGCUCUGCUCUAUUACCCUGCCCUCUACUAUCCCCUGGCUGUCUGUGCCACGGUCAGGCAUAGAGCCGCACACCUGCUCGGCAGCGUGCUGUCCUGGGCUCAUCUGGGGGUCCAGGUCUGGCAAAGGGCAGAGUGUCCGGUGUCACCCAAGAUCUACAGGUACUACUCUCUGUUGGCCUCUCUGCCUCUCCUUCUGGGCCUCGGAUUCCUGAGCCUUUGGUACCCAGUGCAGCUGGUGAAAAGCUUCAGUCAUGGGGCAGCAGCGGGUUCCCAGGGGCUGCAGAACAGCUACUCUGAAGAAUAUCUGAGGACCCUCCUUUGCCAGAAGAAGCUGAAAAGCAGCUCCCACACGUCCAAGCAGGGCUUCCUGUCCCGGGCCUGGAUCUACUUCAGACACUACGUCUACACUCCACAGCGAGGAUUCCGACUCCCCCUGAAGCUGGUGCUUUCAGUCACCCUGACAGGGACGGCCAUCUACCAGGUGGCCCUGCUGCUACUGGUGGGCGUGGUACCCACCAUCCAGAAGGUGAGGGCAGGGAUCACCACGGACAUCUCCUACCUGCUGGCUGGCUUUGGGAUCGUGCUCUCAGAGGACAAGCAGGAGGUGGUGGAGCUGGUGAAGCACUACCUGUGGGCUCUGGAAGUUUGCUACAUCUCGGCCUUGGUUCUGUCUUGCUUGUUCACCUUCCUCAUGCUGACCCGCUCGCUGGUGACACACAGGGCCAACCUGCGAGCUCUGCACCGAGGGGGCGCCCUGGACCUGGGCCCCCGGCCCCCGAGCCCUCGCCCCUCCCGCCAGGCCAUAUUUUGUUGGAUGAGCUUCACCGCCUACCAGACUGCGUUUACCUGCCUUGGGCUCCUGGUGCAGCAGAUCCUCUUCUUCCUGGGGACCUUGGCCCUUACCUUCCUGGUGUUCAUGCCCGUGCUCCACGGCAGGAACCUUCUGCUCCUCCGAUCCCUGAAAUCCUCAUGGCCCUUCUGGCUGACCUUGGCCCUGGCUGUGACCCUGCAGAACAUGGCAGCCCACUGGAUCUUCCUAGACACUCACCAUGGACGCCCAGAGCUGACCAACCGGCGAGCACUCUAUGCAACCACCUUCCUUCUCUUCCCCAUCAAUGUGCUGGUGGGUACCAUGAUGGCCACCUGGCGAGUGCUGCUGUCUGCCCUCUACAAUGCUGUCCACCUUGGCCAGAUGGACCUCAGCCUGCUGCCACCGAGAGCCGCCACUUUCGACCCCGGCUACCACACAUACUGCAACUUCUUGAAGAUGGAGGCCAGCCAGUCACAUCCAGCCGCGACCGCCUUCUGCGUCCUGCUCCUGCGAACUCGGAGGCCCCAGCCCCUCACGGCCCCCCGGGAUGGCCUCAGACUCGGGGAGGAAGAGGAAGGGAUGCAGCUGCUGCAGACCAAGGACCGGGUGGCCAAGGGAGCGGGGCCCCGGGUAGGCCGAGGCAGGGCCCGCUGGGGUCUGGCAUACACGCUGCUGCACAACCCAGCCCUGCAGGCCUUCCGGAAGACAGCCCUAUCGGAUGCCCGGGCCAACGGUGCCCAGCCCUGAAGGUGGGGAAGGCCACCCGCCGUGUCCUUGCCUGUGCUGGAGCACUUCCCAUCCUCCCAGCCCACUCCCUCCCCAGCUCUCCCAGCAUCUGUCACUCCAGCCAUGGCAGCCUCUCUGCUUGGCACCAGCUCUGUCAGCAGGUCCCGGGGGUUCAGGGCCAGCCGGGGGUUGCUUUGCUUGGGUGGAAGUCUGUCAGCACUGUGAACCGCAAGCCUUGGGAAGGCUCUGGUCUGCCCCUUUGACCCUGGGAAGCCAGCUAGGGCUCUGGAGAGAGCAAUCGGUGGUUUAGGCCCUCGGUCCAGGAGCCUCCCGACGCUGGCUCUGCCGCCAGCCUUCAGGCUUCACGGAGGCCUUCUCCCGAUCGGCGCUGUUGAUGCAGGCCGGGACAACCUAGGAUUCCAGCUGGGCCCACUCAGCCUUGGAACACACCACUGUGACCAGACACAGCGCUUCCUCUCUCCUGCAGCUUUCUCCGCUCCUCCUGGGGGUCCCUGUGGCCUGCAAGGCAGCCCAGGAGGAAGCCAUGGGCUCCUACCUGGCAGCAGUCACGGCUCAAACCAGGCCCCACACUGAGCUGGCCACACUUGAGAGCCUGAUAUUUUUGUAGCUGGUAUGCCUUUAGAUAUUAUGAAAGAGGUUAGUGUGUUCCCUGUAAUAAA